GGGGGCGUAAGGCUCACCACACCUUAGCUGCAUGGUCUGUCUGCUGCUUCUGUACAUUAGACGAUUCAGAGAUGAGUCAAAAUAAAGAUCAGGACUAACAUUUGGAACUUAAUCAGGUCAAAGGGAUUUUCUGUGAAAGCUGCACGUCCCACCACACAGUCAUCAUGGAUAAGGCAACAAAAGAUGAUAUUUAUGCAUAUGCGCUGUCAAAGACGCUGACAAAAGUUUCGUCGCCUGCAACUGUAGGCCUCUACUCUUCAUGUCAGAAUCGAAUUAACAUGAUCCUUGAACAAAUGGAAGUGAAUGUAAAAAGAUCAGCACCCAAGGUAGACACCCAAGAUUACAAAGGACAUAAGUCCAAGCCAACGACAUGUUCUAAAUAUUGUAUCCCAAAUGUAAAUUUCAUCAAUGUUUUGUGUCUCCUCAGCAACCCCAUUUGGACAAAGGAGAACCAGUACCACCGUAACAUCAGGUUCAUUUAUGUACAGUUUAGUGCCUGGCAUUUUGCAGGCAGUGACCUGCUUUGGGCCGGCUUGGCCAUACGGCUGCUUCAAGCAAUGCAGAUAAACUUUGGGAAGUUACAGCUUGUCGUCUACCGUGUGGCUCAAUAUGACGAGGAAGACGAAGUCAAGAAGAAGAUGGUGGAGGAUGGUCCUAACCAUUGGCGGUCCAAAAAGAUCUGCUGCUGCCCUCUGUGGUUUUUUGUCUUGUCCAUUAUUGCGAUACCAGUUUUCAUCCUGAUAUUCUUUUUGACUGUUAUCGUUCCCCAACAAGAGACCCAAACAAACGGGACAGUGACUUCUUCAAAAGGCCAAACGGAUGUGCUGCAUGGCCUGCUCAUCGCCGUGUUAGGAGUCCCUGCAGCAUCCGCACUGAGGUUUGUUUUUAUGAUGGCUAAGAACCUCAUCGUAAACCUGGAUCUGAACAUCACGAAGGGGAUGGACAAUGAGAAGGUAAGCUGCCAACUGGGCUUCAUGAACCAAGUGAGGAAAGAAAUGUGGUUUCUGUCUCGAUUUAUCCAGUUUAUGGAGGUGUUUGAGAGGAGGAGGAUCCGUGUGGUACUGAAGAUCACCAAUCUGGACCGCUGCCCCCCCAAGAAAAUCGUUGCAGUUCUGGAUGCAGUCAACAUUCUGCUUUCAGAAGAGGAAAGUCCGUACAUUUCCAUUCUGGCCGUCAACCCAGAUAUUGUUGUGCAGAAAGUGAACUUUGCAGAUGGCUGCUUCAGCAAACAAGACAGAGCUUAUGCACUGUUGAACCAAAUCGUGACUCUGGCCUUCACAGUCCCACCACUGUGCGAUGAUUCAAAACAGAGUUUAUUUCAAAGCCUCACUAGCAGUUCAAAAACCCCUCGGAACGUAAGCAUGAAUGUACUUAAACGUAGAACUGGGAGCCUUGUAAAGACAUCUUCCUCAGAUUUAUUUGGAGUGGAGAUUGCACAUGGAACUAAAGAGGCAUAUCCACUGAUGGAUAAGCCUAAAACUGCACUAGCAGUGGAUGUAAACGAGGAGGAGGUAGAGAAUCUGGUUAGGAGCAUCCUGACCAGCAACAAUACAAAGCUGACCAAGUAUAUGGUAGAGGAUGCCAUGUCUAUGAGGAGGGCGAUCAACUCCAUUCGAGUAACUGUGAUAAUCUUGAAGGCCUUGAAGCAAGAGCUUCCUGAACCAGAAUACAUUGCAGCAUGGGUGAUCCUGGCCAAUCAGUGGCCUUGCCGCCUCAGCUGGAUCAUCCAGUGCGUGGAAGAUGCUCAGCAGAGAGCAGGUACUGAUGGUAUCAAUGAAGCCAAUGCUGGUGAUUCAAAGACCUUGUGGAAAGUCUUCAGUGAGUCCAGGGCAGAGCUGUAUGUGAUGAGUGGACAUAUCGAGGACCUCCUCGAGCAGGAUGGAGAUCCUGAGAUGUUUGAAAGACUUCUCAUGGUAGAUUUCCAAUUCACUGUAAAAGACUUGAAGACAUAUGAAGUGGCCAUGGUGAACCUGGACUAUUCAAUGAGGAAGGAGCUGGCUUACAUCAGAGGGACAGCCAGGCUGAAAGAUUCUGGUUGGAUGAGGGACCUAGCUCCUCUGCCAAUCACAACCAUCAUCAAAAUGAACACAGAGGAUGUGUGCAAAGAGUUGGAGAGAAUGGAAUUCCCCAGUAAGUAUAGUGAUAUUGUGAGAAGCAAUGACCUCCACGGUUCGGCACUGGUCUUCGGUGAUGCAGAUGACCUUAAAGCCCUCCUAGAUAUGACCUUUGGUGAAUGGGCAACUUUCAGACUUCACUUCCUGGGUUUACCAUCACAUCUCCGACCACAAUACAGGAACAUGUCACCGACCCCCUCUCAGCCUCAGCUGUCAGCAACUCCCCUCCAUGUUCGACAUCACUACAUGAGUAACCCCAAUCUAGUUAACAGCCACAUGUAAGAAUCCAAUCCAAUUCCAGUAAGUGCGUUAUCCCUAAAAAUAUGAUCUAACAUUUGUUAACAAUCUUUGUAGUAACAAUACACAGCUCGUGCAGAGUGUGGGAGUUUAAGUGUGAAGUAAAUACAUAUUCACCUUGUUUAGCUACAGGAGCUUGUUAUAAACUCUUGUUGCUGCUUAGAAAAUGUUUAAUCUCCUGCAACCAUGUCAAAUAACUGUCACGUACAUAGCUUAACUUAAAGGAGCUAUAUGUAAGAAAUCUAAAGCAAAUAGUCAUAAAAUCAUCCUAAUAUGUCACAGGGACUAAGGAAUAAUGUUAAUAUAACAUACUGAUCUCACCAACAACUAUAGUACAGCCAAAAUAUUCGCAUUUUUAAAAAAAAAAAAAAAAUACGGUCUGCAAAUCAUGUUUAUGUUUUGAAUUUGUGUUUUGGCCUGUUGCGCCACCCACCGCCGUCUACCAGUCAUGCAGUCAGUAGAGUCUCAGCAUCAGUUACAGUUACAACUGAGCUACAAUGGCUGACGGUGCGACUAAACCCAAACAACCUUGUUAUGAUUCCCAAAAACACCAAAACAAAACUCGAGGCAAAGCGAGGGGCUAUACAGGAGAUGCUUUUGAACGGUGGAGACGGCUGAAAGCGGAGAAGAAUUUGAAAUCGGAUGUCGAAGUGGCUUCUCUUCUCCUCGACAGGUAACGUUAAGCUUUAGCCAAAGUUGGCUAACUAGCAUCAUAGCUAGAUGGGAAUGGACAUUUCGAAUAUUUUCAACUGUUAUUCAUUUUCGAUCAUACGUUGUAACCCAUGUGGAGGUGGGUCAUUGACCCGACUGAUUUGUUUUGAGAAACAAACGUUAGCAGCGUGGCAAGCAGCAUUAGCAGUGUCCUGGUACAUAGCAUUAGCAGCCAGCUCCUCCUCAGCUGUAUCCCGGCAGCAGCGUUAGCAGCAGAGAAGCCGGACUUGCUCAAACGGUCCGCUGGAAAACCGAAGAUCAAGGACGCGGUGAUGCAGCCCUGCCACGGCAGCCGCCCGUGGGCAAACAAAUCAGUCUCCAGCGUGCCAAUGUCCAGCACUCUCAAAUCUGUAGGGGAGGGGGGGCGGACACAACUCGCGGCAGUAUUUUGAAUCUGAGUGCAGUAACCGCUUUGGCCACAUUCUUACAUACAGCGCCUUUAAGGGAGACAAACCCAACAACGACAGCUGUAAGUCAUACCCAAAUGUCUAAUUAUGUGUAUCAGCCUUAGUUGCCCUGAUUGUGGGUUGUGUUUUGCAUGGAUCACAUUAUCCUGUAUUUUUUUUAUUUUUAUUUAUUUUAUUUUUUUUACAACAGACAUUUCGGCAUGUCAUUUAGCUGCUUCAGUCUCAGGGCCCUGGUAUUGUGCAUGCUGGCUCACUGUCACACUUUGACGGCUUCACUGUGACACUUGAAUAAAAUGGAGGUAUUUGUAAUAUCACUCAUAACACAAAGGCCUCUUGUGAGACAACACUUGAUUUUUUCCUGUUGAUGUGUCAAUUAAGGGAAGGUGGAAAAUUAAAGAGGAUCGGGAGGAUAAUAAGCUGUGUAACAUGCUACCUGAAAAAAAGACCAACGACUGUGUUAAUAUUUCUUUUAAAGUCAUUUUCAAUACUAUUUGAAAUGUAUCUUAAAUUGAGGAGUGUUUCGUCAGCGACUCGGUUUAGUUCAUUGUGAGAGUCAACAGGAGGCU